CGGUAGCGUUCCUCUUCCUCAAGAGCCACUUGUCUGAAACCCAGACGCAUCCCACGUAGGUGGGAGGGGGUAAAGUAUUACAAUCCUGCAGGGGAUAACUAUUGAAAUUGUCCGUGACACAAGGGUAUUAAUAGGCAAUCUUUGGUGCACUGUAACUGAUGCAAAGCGGUUAUGUCGCACUUUAUCUUCUCACUGCGCCCCGCGUGCUCUCAAGUUUCCGUUACUGGGUUAAUGCAGUGUAACGCUGAAUCGUCGUUACUUCGUGCCCGGUAUCCUGCCGCCCGGAGCGCUGCUGGCCAGAUGGCGGCUCAUGGUAAUCUCCUUAACACUGCGCACUGCAUGGUCUGAAUGCCAGAGGAACAGCUUCUGCUAUCGCUGACAAACAGGUGUGUGGAGAAACACAGGUGGCUUGUUUUGUCCGAGUGAUGCGGGAGCAACAAGUUCACUGUUUGUUGACACUGCACUUGUGAUGGGACUUUGUGCUGGGAAUCCACAACCACAGAUCGGGAAAUCCCAUCCUAUCAUGUGAAGGCUUUGGUUGUGGUUUGUGUGUGUGUGACAGUCUUGACGGUAUAAGGGAGAGCUAAGCUUCAUAGCCUCACCCUAGGGGCACUGGCCUGUAAAAAAAAAAAUGUCCCUGGAACCAUGAAACCAUGACAGCCAUCACUUAUUCAUGUGCUGCUGGAAGGUUUCAGAAAGAAAUCCUGGUUCUUGAACGUUCCUUUUCCUCUGGGAAUGUUCCAGAACCCCUGUCUGAGAUGCCAGACCCCUUGGAGAAUCCAAUUCUGGAAUCUUGGGUCAAAGGCCAGCAACUGACUAAAGAGAAAGAAGACUGGAAAACCGAGGAAGGAACAAAAAGAGGAGAUUUGCAAAGGAAGAGGCGAAGAUGGGGCAGAGCCGUCAGCAGAGAGAAGGUGAAAACAGGAGGGAGUGUGGACCUGUGUAACGUAUGGAAGAGGGAAAUUAGAAAAGAUCCCCAGGGAAGUGGGAAAAACAGGGUAAAAGGAAAAGACGACAGUAAGAGUGAUGACACUGGGAUUCUGUUAGCUGCAGAAACAGAAGAUGAAAUCCAGCAGUGGGAGAAGAGGAUGACGAAAAUGACGAGCUUGCCUGCGUUUUUGUGGCUGAUCUCCCUGGAAAACAUCACCAAGGGAGAAGUGAAGAGGGAGAAAUACAUCAUGGGGAUGAGGUGGAAUCAGACCUUCCUCUGGUUGGCUCUCCUCCUCCUCCUCAGCCUCUGUCUGAAACCUGCUUCAUCACAGGGACAUUUCCCACGAAUGGAGAACAUUGCUGCCUUCAAACCCGUGUCCGCCUCCCCACCUCGCUCCACCUGUGGGGUUCCAGAGCGGAGCAGCUACUGUCACUCACCAACCUCCCACACUGAGCUGCUGGCAUGUUUUCAGGCCUUCUGUAUCCAGGAGUGUCCUUACAGAUCCUCCACACCUCCAUAUGCUCCACUGCUGCUACCUGCACACAGAGGUACCUGUGUGACUGAAGACGAUGAUGACACUCCUCCUGGGACAGAGAGGAAGACUGGAACCACUAGCGUUCCAGAGGAGGCUUCUGGUGGAUCCAGUAGUGUGCUGUUUCAGCCAGUCCAGGAUGGAUGUGUGGUCUCUCCCCCGUCACAGAAACUAGGAGUUUUGGGUUCCCUCACCCUGGCACUGUGGAUAAAACUAAGCUCCGCUGGAGAAAUGAUGCUGCUGGAGAAGAGUUCAAGGGAGUGGCUGGUUUUUUCUGUGACGGUGUCCCAGCAGUCAGUCACCCUGCGCUACGCUCAAUCCAGAAAUAAGACUCCUCUAACUGUCAGCUUCAGAACGGAGGGCAAGCUAGCACUGGAGAGGUGGACACACCUGGUUUUGCAGGUCCACGACAGACAUGCGAGUGUCUUCCUGAAUGGGCUCGAGGAGGACGAGACACCGUUUGACACACGACCUCUGAGUGUCAGACUUGUUGAUAUCAGCGAGGAUGCUACCAUGUGGGUGGGACUGGGCUCCAAUGGUAAUGGGUCUAAUCAGUUCAUCGGACGGAUGCAGGACUUUAGAUUUUAUCCUGCCACUUUGACCAACAGGGAAAUAGUGGAGUUGUACUCAGGAGCUCUGCCCGAGCUCCAUACCCAGUCAGAGUGUCGCUGUCCUCCCAGUCACCCCAGAGUGCACCCUUUAGUUGAGAGAUACUGCAUUCCUAAUGCUGUUGAGGACACCACCAGUGACAGAGUCUUAAGACUGGACCCUAACACUCACCCACUCAGCUAUAUCAAUGACCAGGACAUGGGCACCGCAUGGCUUUCUAAGGUCAUGACUACACAGGAACUGGAUGAAGGUGUCACUGUUACAGUGGACUUGGUUAAUGGACAGUACCAGGUAUUCUACGUUAUAGUUAGGUUUGACAGCCUUUUGCCCGAAUCAGUUCUGAUCCAAAGACGGAGGCUUGACCUCACAGAACCCCAGAGCGGCACCGCCACAGAACAGCCCUGGUCGGACUGGCAGUAUAUGGCUAGGGACUGUAGUGUGUUUGAAAUGCAGAACAACGGGCCUUUACUGCGACCUGACUCUGUGAACUGUCUGCAGCUGCCCAGCGAUGUGCCCUUCUCAGGAGGCAACAUCACGUUCAGUCUGCUGACCCCACAGCCCAACCUGAGGCCAGGCUAUAAGGACUUCUACCACACUCCCACUCUGCAGAAGAUGGCACAAGCCACCCAGGUCAGGUUGCACCUGCAUGGGCAGUACCACACCAGAGCUGCUGGGGUGAACCAGCGACACAGAUACUAUGGCAUCAGUGAGAUCACAAUCAGCGGCAGAUGCGAGUGUCACGGCCACGCAGACCACUGUGAUACCAGCGUGACGCCCUACCGCUGUCUGUGUCUGCCUGAGAGCCAUGCAGAGGGAAACAACUGUCAGCGUUGUGCACCCCUCUAUAAUGACAAGCCAUUCAGGUCAGGUGACCAACUCCAGCCUAUGAACUGCCGGCCUUGCAAAUGUCACGGACAUGCCGUCUCCUGUCACUACGAUGUCCGAGCUGAUGACCAACCAGAUGGGCAUUAUCGAGGAGGAGGAGGCGUCUGUGACAGCUGCAUGCACAACACCACAGGUAAGAAUUGUGAGCUGUGCAUGAGUGGCUUUUUCAGACUUGAGGAAUCUGAUCUCACUUCAGUCGAUGUGUGUCGGCCCUGCAACUGUCACACUGCCGGGACAGUCGGCGGCAGCCUGGAAUGUGCCCAGGUAGGAGGUCAGUGUCAGUGUAAAGCUGCAGUAACAGGUCGGCGCUGUGCAGACUGUUUGCCUGGUUGGUAUGGUCUCAAAGCCUCAUAUCCACAUGGCUGCAUUCGCUGUAAGUGCAGUGGCAUUGGCAUCAUCAGCAACUCAACAGAAGCAGUUCAAAGCUGUAACCAGGCCACGGGACAGUGCUGGUGUAAAUCUCAUGUCACAGGUCUUUCCUGUGAUCGCUGUGAGUUUGGUUAUUGGAACCUGUCCCACCCGGAUGGCUGUGUCCCAUGUGACUGCGACCUCUUGGGUUCCCUCGGCCAGUUCUGUGAGCCUGACAGUGGGCAGUGCGAGUGUAGGCCCGGGGUAGCAGGGCAGAGGUGCGACUCAUGCAGCAGCGGGUCGUAUGGCUUGACACGGGAGGGAUCUUGUGCUCCCUGCAACUGCUCACUAGAGGGGACUGUACCUGGGACAGACUGCGACACUCACACUGGACAGUGUGUGUGUAAGGAACAUGUAGAAGGCCAUCGCUGUGACUCUUGUCAAGUUGGUUACCACACCCUGCAGCAUCACAACUCCCUGGGGUGUCUGCCUUGUGCUUGUGACAUCAGCGGCACUGUGCCAGAGGGUGUUUGUGAUAUGUGGACUGGACAGUGCCCGUGCAGAGAGGGGGUAGAGGGAGCAAAGUGUACCAGCUGUGCACACAACUACUACAACAGGAGUUUAGACCUCCAGAGGGGGUUGUCCCAGGGCUGUGUACCAUGUGUUUGUGACCCCAGAGGAACAGUGCUGGGGACAGUCUGUGACGGCACUACAGGACAAUGUGUUUGUGUCCCCACACACUAUGGAAAGGACUGCGGUAGCUGCAGAUCCGGUUUUUACCUCUCUCCAGAUCAGAAUGUGUGUGUGGAGUGUGACUGCCAUUCCAUGGGAGCGUUGCAGCAUAGGUGCGAGAGGCAUACCGGAAAGUGUGCGUGUGCCCAUCCUUCAGUGGGAGGGCGACGAUGUGACCAGUGUCGUGACAUGUUCUUCAGAUUCAGCCCUGGUCUGGGCAGAUGCCAGCCCUGUGCAUGUGACCCAGUGGGAAGUGUUAGUGCUUUGUGUCAUCCAGACACAGGGGUGUGUGUGUGUAAACUGCUGGUAACUGGAGACAAGUGUGAUGUAUGUCAACCUGGAGCGAGUCAUUUGGAUGCUGAGAACCACUUUGGCUGCAGUAAAGCACCUUCUCAGCAGCCUGCCCCUGUAGGAUUUGGUCUCAGUUAUUCUUCCAUUCAUCUGUCUUGGCAUCCACCGGACGCCCCAAACUCAAACAGACUCCACUACACACUCAUCAGGGAUGGGCUGUUAGUGCAUAGCAUCCAAAGUCUCUAUCCUUUUGGCCAUGAAUCAUUUGAAGACACCGAUUUGUCUCCCUACACCAGUUAUUCUUACUGGCUUAUAACAGCUAAUGUGGCCGGUGAGACAAUAAGUGCAUCAGUCUCCUACCAGACUUUAGGUGCACCACCUGUAGCAGACCAGCUCCAUUUGAAUCUUGUGGGACAACCUGGUCCGACCACCGCUAGCUUUACCUGGAGCACGCCGUGUAAUGAUACAGGCCCGGUGGAAAGGUUUGUGUUAUCCUCCACUGAGUCAUCAAGUGGAGCAGAGCCCCUCAUUCACUACACAGGCUUAGCUACAGAAGCUGUGGCAAGUGGUCUAAAGCCCUUCACCCAGUACAUUGUAGUACUAGAGGUGUGCUCCUCUGGGGGGUGCACUUCUUCCCCAUCACUGUCUUUUCUGACAGCCUCUUCCCCCCCACAAAACCAGCCUCCACCCAGAGUCAAUGCUACGGGACCUCAUACACUGCACGCCUCUUGGGGGCCCCCUAGUCAGCCAAACGGUGUUAUCACAGGGUAUGAGGUCUUUCUGCAUGGACCAAUGGAAUCACAGAACCUGUCAAGUGCUGCUGUUGACAAAAAAGUGUUUUUCAGCCCUGGUUGGCUGGAUCCAAGUGAUUCUCCAGAACAGCAGCAAACCAACAGGAGUACCGUGUUACCCCCUGAGAGCAGUGCAGUUAUAUCAGGUCUCCAGGCGUUUUCCACCUAUCAGAUGAGAGUGGUGAGCAUCAAUAUGGCAGGAAGUGUCACAUCGGGGUGGACCACAGCACGCACUAUGGAGGGAGUCCCAGAGUUGAUGGCUCCUCCAGAUGUGUCUGCACUGUCAUCCACCAGCCUCAAAGUUACAUGGAGCACUGUUGAGGGUCAAGGGGUCAUCGCAAGAGGACAGGUUUCAGAAUAUCGGGUCAACCUGAUCACAGAACAGCCCAACAAUCCCUAUGCUCCUCCAGUGAUUAGUCAGGUCUUGCAUAGGGUGAGAGCAACAUCACAGCCUAUUUAUAUAGUGAAAGGAUUGAAGCCUUACAACAUGUACAACUUCACUGUUACCCUUUGCACCAGGACAGGCUGCAUCACCAGUCUGCCAAGCACAGGACAGACACUGCCAGCAGCUCCCACAGGACUGUCUCCACCGCAGUUGCAUCCAGUAAAUGAAACCACCAUUCAGAUAGACUGGGACACCCCAGCCCAACUCAAUGGGCCACACCCACUGUAUCAGGUGGAGAGGACAGAUGUUUCACUUUCCAACCCACAAGAGCCUGUUGUCAGAGGAACCAGAUUCCCUGGAAACGGUUACUACCUUUUUCCCAGUGACAUCCUUCCAGUCAGUGUGAACUUUGCUGGUGUUGAGCUGAGUUUUAGGACUCAUUCCACACACGGCCUGCUGCUCUGUGCCUUCUCACCGAGACACCAUGAAGUGUUCCUGGCUAUUCAGAUGAACAAUGGACGGCCAUACUUUUUGUUUGACCCACAGGGCUCAGCCGUGAGCGUACAGGGUGAUGGAGGGCGCCGCUACAGUGAUGGACAUUGGCACAGCAUCGCAGCAACAAGGCGAGGGGCCGUGGGAACAAUCAUUGUAGACGAUCAAUACAAAGGAAGUGCAUCAGCUUCCAGUGGGAGCACCUUUACUGGUGAGAACACGGGGGUGUUCAUUGGAGGGCUGCCUCAACACUUUGCUCUGCCAAGAGAUCAUUUAGGUGCUGCCCAGCUGGUGCGACAGGGUUUCUCUGGCUGCCUCAGAGACAUAAGUUUUAAGAUGACUGACGGCCUUACAGAGGAGUGGAAAUCUCUGGACUGGGCAAAAGCCACAAAGAAGGUGGCAGUGUAUGAAAGCUGGGAGGGAUGCCCUUUUCACACUGUGGAUGGAGCUCAUUUUCUGGGCCAUGGUUACUUGGAGCUGAGCAGAGAUGUAUUCAGUGGAGGAAAGGACUUUGAAAUUUCUAUGGAUUUCAGAACAGACCAGCUCAAUGCACUUUUGCUCUUCACAUACAACACACAAACUGAAGACUACAUGCUGGUGGAGCUGGAGGGUGGACUCUUGUCCUUCAUUCUUGUCUCUGAAGGUCAUGUGACUGAACUCAGCCUGUGGGUGGGGCUUAACUAUUGUGAUGGAGACUGGAAGCGGUUCUCAUUGGCAAAGCGUGGCUCACUCGUCUCUGCUGCAGUCGAUGACUGGGCAGAGGAGACGAGGGCGAUUGGAGGACCAGUGAAGCUAAGAGUUGAUUCACCCUUAUACUUGGGGGGGGUGCCCAUGGACCUCAUACAUCCUGCUCUGGACAGCCAAAGUCACAAACACGGACUAGGUGGUUGCAUAAGGGGUCUCGCCGUACACAGUGAUGAAACAAACCCUCCUGUCAAUCAAAGUGUUAACCUCUCGGUUGCCUCCCGCCGUUCAGUCAGAGUCUACUUAGAUGGCUGUCCCACCAGUGAAAGCUGGUACAGCUGCAGGGGGAAUGAUUCUCUGUUGGUGUAUAGCGGACGAAAGACACAAGCCACAGAUUUUACUCUACAACCUUUCACUGAGUACUUGUACAGGUUUGUGGCUUUGGCAGCAGGAGGUUGGGCAGCAGGACCUUGGCAGAGAGGACGCAGCCGAGGCAAAGUACCGACGUCUGUACCACCUCCUACCACAGUGCAGAGCUUGACUGGCUUCAGUGCCAAGGUGAGGUGGGUGCCACCCACUGGUGUCAUCACAGGGCUAAUUGACCGAUAUGAGUUGAAGGCCUACAAUAGAGACCAGCCAGAAGUACCCCCUGUCAAAGUCGUGUACCUGGCUAAUGGAAACUUAACAGGUGUGUUGUCAGGCCUCUCUCCAGCCACUCCAUACAUUGUGACUGUAAGUGCCUGUAGUCCUGUUGGCUGCACCGAGAGUCUCCGUAAUGACAGUGGUGAUAAUGAUUUGAGAUUGAGCUUCACAACCCCAGAGGAAGCUCCGGGUGCUGUAUCUCCUCCGGCUGCAGUCACAUCCCCCUCAGCUCUCUUUGUGACCUGGGAACCUCCAGCAAGACCCAAUGGAGAUAUUACAGAGUACCUCCUCUAUCACAACAGCCAAAUGGUCUACAGGGGGAAAGACAGGCAGCACAACAUCACUGGUCUUGCUGUGUACUCCACCCAUGUCAUUUUACUGAGUGCAUGCACUUCUGCAGGAUGCACUAACAGUUCACAAGUUACAGCGCUGACCUCUCAGCUUCCUCCUGGGCCUCUACAAGCACCAAAUCUUACCCUGCUAGACUCUCGAACUGUUCUGGUGGAGUGGUCCCGGCCCUCUCAGGUCAACGGUGUGUUGGAGUUUUAUUGCAUCUUCUUGACGCGUGGCAGUGCAGAGCCUGUACUUGUCUAUAACAGCACAGAACUUUCUGAGGACCAUACACUUCGCAGCCUGACCCCUGGAACAGCUUACACCAUCACAGUAGCUGCCUGCACAGGAGGCGGGUGCACCAUAAGCCCUCCCAGCCAGGCUCAGACUGAGGAGAGCACCCCAGAGAAUGUUCCUGCACCUCUGGUCACACCUGUGUCCCCACAUGCACUCAAUGUCAGCUGGAUACCUCCGGGCACUCUGAACGGCGUUAUAACCCGCUAUGGCCUCUGGCUGGAUGGAGUUCUCAUUUUAAACUCCAGUUCUCCCCAGAGGUUCUUUGUGGUUGAGGGACUCUCUCCGUGGAGCCGACACGUUCUCAGGCUGCAGGCCUGUACUGCACUGGGCUGUGGCAAGGGACCAGCGGUGGAGGUGUGGACAUUAGAGACAAUCCCAGAAGGCCCUGUACUGCUGGAACUGACCAAUCAGAGUUCUCGGUCAAUCCAGGUCCGCUGGACAGCUCCUCCCAAACCGAAUGGGAACCUCAGCUACACACUAUACUACAAAAGCAAAGAUGGUGAUGGUGUGUUAGAUGGAGGCACAGCAGCAGGCAGCUGGCUGGCUGUGACGAAUCUGCAGCCUCACACCAACUACAGCUUCAGGAUCAGAGGGUGUAACACACAGGGUUGUGUUGAGAGUGUGCCACUCAGUGCUGCUACACCUCCAACAGCCCCAGAGGGGUUGUCCUCUCCGAUGUUGGUCCAUGCAACUAGUACCAGCCUGAAUGUAUCCUGGUCUGCUCCAGCCCACGCCAAUGCACCAGGCCCACUUCGCUACAGCCUGCAAAUGAGAACCUCCACACAGAGGCCUGUGAUAAGGCUUCUGGAAAAUGCAGCAGACAUCUUUUCCUAUCGUGUAGAGGGCCUUUCUCCGUACACACAGUACCUGUUUAGAGUGGUGGUUUCACACACACAUGGACAGACAGCUGGCCCCUGGGCAACCCUGCACACAGCAGAGGACAGUCCAGGACCAGUGGGCAGCCUUACUGUAUCAGGGCUUCAUCCUCGAACUGUAACAGUUGCCUGGGUUCCUCCCUCCCAACCAAAUGGCAUUAUCACAAAUUAUACCCUCUAUCUUUGCCCCAGCUCUGUCUCUUCUUUAGAUUUCAAACCCAGCUCAGUCUCCAGCACCAUCACGACCUUCGGCUCCAGCUUAGGUCCUAUGCCAAGCCUGUUGCCCAGCCCUGAGGAUGCAUAUCUCAGCUCAGGUCAUAACCUCAGGCCAACUCCUAGUCUUACCACCCCAGGCUCAACCCCAGACACUAAUGACAGUUCAAGCACAAUCAAAGACACCAGACCUCACCUUCUCUCAAAAUCUUUCCCUGGGGUUGCAGAAGAAAAAUAUAUCAGGUUCACCUGUAUAAGCAAUACAAGUCAAGGCCCUGGUUUCACCUCAUCCCGCUUCACUGAGCCCAGCACCCCCAGAGUAAACUCAAGUUAUUUACUGUAUAAGCAGGACUACAACAAGGCCAGCUCUGAAACUGAACAUUUUAUAAAACAAGAGCUCUUCCACAGUCCCCUCUCCACCUCAAGUUCAGUCACUGUUCCAGGAAACAUCACUAACUACACUUUCCUGGACCUACUGCCAUACCAGACCUACAGCCUCCAGGUGGAAGCGUGCACCACUGUGGGUUGUUCAGUGCCUCAGAUGACUCUGCACUUUCAUACCCUUCCAUCCUCCCCUGAAGGGGUUCCUGCACCUCAUCUUUACUCUGACACCCCUACCUCUGUUCUCUUGUCCUGGGGUGCACCAGAGCGGAGCAAUGGACCACUGGAGCGGUGGCUGAUUGAGCGUAGAGUUGCUGGGACCGAGCAGGUCUCGACAGUGGGCCGUGUCCCAGCAGACCCUCCCCCUCUUUCCUUCCUGGACUCUUCAUCAGCUCUCAGUCCCUGGACCAGCUACCAGUAUCGACUUGUGCUCCAUAACCAGGCAGGCAACACCACAGGACCUUGGGUCAGUGUCACCACCAGACCUUCUCGGCCAGCUGGUCUCAGUCCACCAGUGGUGAAGGUCUUGGGGCCAGAGUCGCUUCAGGUCACAUGGUCUCGUCCUCUUAUUCCCAACGGAGAAAUUCAUGGGUAUGAGAUCCGCCUCCCGGAGCCCCAUAUCCAUGACAGCGGCAACAUGUCUGAGCUCAACAUCACCAUAAUGGACCUGAUUCCAUACACAAACUACAGUGUUAGUGUGUUGGCAUGUGCCAUGGGUGGUGGACAUGUUGGAGGAUGUACGGAAAGCUCGCCCACUCCAGCAGUCACAUUACCCACAAGCCCUCAAGGCCUUGCACCACUGUCAGUAGUGGCUAUCAGUGAGUCUUUCCUUGCCAUUUCCUGGCGACCACCAAGCAGGCCCAAUGGACCUAACAUCAGAUACAAGUUGCUCAGAUGUAAAACCCACCAGCCCCUGGCCGUCGCUGUUGUCCCCACAGAACCAGCCUCAUCCCCUCCCCCCUCUGAAGAUCUCCAUCGCUGGCUCCAUGUUUACUCCGGCACCAAAUUGUUCUACCAAGAUAAAGGCCUAAGCAGAUUCACCCGUUACGAGUACCAGUUAGUGGUCUGUAAUGAUGUGGGCUACUUGUCAGGAGAGGUUGUUACUGCGGUGACCAUGGCAGGCAUUCCCCACCACCCCUCAUCCCUGUCUGCCCAUGCUGUCAGUCACACUGCUGUACAUGUCAACUGGACGCAGCCCUCACUGCAAGACCUGCAGGGAGAGGUGGAGUCUUACUUUCUCACAAUAGAGUCUCCCCAAUUUAGUCAAACCUUGGUUUUACCCCCUGAGACCAUCUCUACAGUGAUAAGGGACCUUUGGCCCAGUACCACAUACCUGGUGUCACUCCAGGUGUCCAAUGGAGCACAUAACACAACUAAGGCGAUAGUUAACGUCACCACAGAGGAUGGAGAGCCGGACGGGAUGUCUGCCCCAGAGGUGGUUCUGGUAAACAGCAGCACAGUACGCGUGCUCUGGUUUCCUCCUCAACAGCCCAAUGGAGUAGUUACUGGUUACCACAUCUAUGUUAAUGACCAUCUCCGCAGCAGCAUCGACAACAGCUCAGGGUCCUACCUGCUGGGGGGCCUACUGCCUUUCACUCUCUACAGUGUACAGGUGGAGGUGUGUACUGUGUAUGCGUGUGUUAGGAGUAAUGUUACACAGACAACUACGGUGGAGGACCUGCCUACCGACCUGGCUGCGCCGCAGGCCCAAGUGAUCAGCCCCAGGGCGGUGCGGUUGGACUGGUCCUGUCCUGGCAGACCCAGCGGUGUCAUGUUGGGUUAUGAGGUCUUAAGACGGACCCUGAGAUCAUGUGCCGGUAGCUUAUCGUGGGUCAUAUCCUCUGUAGGGGAAGAGUGGGGAGGUGCAGGCGGUGUAAGGUUCAGAUGUUCCUACCUGCAGUGUCCUGUGAGUCAUGGUGUGUGUGGGACAUCCUGCUUCCAUCCUGACAUACAGGUUUGCUGCGGUGGACUAUUGUACACUAAGAAACCACAUCAUCAUUGCUGCGAGGGCAGUUACCUGAGGUUCAGUAAUUCCUCCAACCAUGUCUGCUGUAAAGGCAGUCUGCUGCCAGCAGUUCUUGACCACCGGUGCUGUGGAGGAUAUUAUGUUCAUGUGAAAACCAAUGAGCACUGCUGUCCUGACCACUCACAGGGCCGCGUUUCAGUGGGGCUGGGUGACAGCUGCUGUGGGGGGUUUCCUUACUCCAAGAAAUUUGGCCAACUCUGCUGUAGUGGGAGCCUCCAUGAUGGCUAUGAGGUCCAGUGCUGUGGAGGCCAAAUUGUACAUGACACACUGAUGUGCUGCGGUGACGCUGAGAGGGGCCGAGUGCACACAUAUACCCCAGGUUUUGUCUGCUGUGGUGAGGAGUAUAUAAACUCUUCAGCCUCUCUUUGCUGUGUGGGCACUGAUGGAUAUCCCACAGUGCACCCUGCUGGCAAUGCCACAGUGAAGCUGCAGUGCUGUGGGUCAAAGGUCAUCCGUCAGGAAGAGAAAUGCUGCAGUGGGACCGGCUAUGACCCUCAACGGCAUGUGUGUGCUGACCGACCCACACCUGGCCUCCCAAUACAGCACCAGUGUUUGCUGGGCGCUCUCUGUCCUGUAGAUGCAGCAUCUACAGCUUACUGCGGCUCCUGUGACCUCGAUCCAUCUGUGACUGCCUGUACAUGGGUCCUGUCCUCAUACACGCACUCUGACGUGCCCUCCAUCGACACCACACAGGCAACUCUCACUACAGGCCUUUCUACACAUAUGGACAGAAGUGAUAACUGGUAUAAAAUGGCAGACACUGACAGUCACGCAUCCACUGAGAACCUGCGAUAUGAGGGAAGUCUGUGUCCAUCACAUGAUGAAGUAGUGUACAGCGGGGAUGCCAGCGCAUACACCUUUACAGACUCAAAUCUGCAGCCCUUCACCACCUAUGAGUAUAGAGUGAGGGGCUGGAACAGCUUUGGACGAGGCUCUAGUGAUAUUAUAACAGUGACCACCAGUGAAGACAAACCAUGGGGAGUGGCACCGCCCCGUUGGAGUCGCCUUGGUGAACGAGAUGACAUCAUCCAGUUGCAAUGGCAAGCACCUGCCAGGCCUAAUGGGGACAUCACCCACUAUGUUAUACUGCGGGAUGGACAAGAGCGUUACCGUGGUGAUGAAAACAGUUUCACCGAUGUGGGUGGAAUCAGGCCUUUCCAGGAAUACAGUUACCAGCUGAGGGUCUGUAACCGGGCUGGUUGUGCCGACAGUACACGGGUGGUGGCAGUGACAGUCCAGGGAGUCCCAGAGGGUGUGCAGCCUCCAGAGGUAGCAGCUUUAAGCCUCUCCUCCCUCUUUGUGAGCUGGUCUGAACCCACUCAUCCCAAUGGAAUCAUACGGCAGUACCACCUGAACCAGACUGGUGUUGGGACCAUAGUUACUCAUACUGAUGGACCUAGAAAUUAUACUGUGACUGGUUUGCAGCCACACACAGACUACAGCUUCAUACUGGUGGCCUGUACAGCUGUCGGAUGUGGAGCCAGCGUACCUGCCACAGGACGCACCCUGCAAGGCUCUCCUGCUGGUGUGUGGUCAAGGCCUAGACACCUGAUAGUAAACAUUUCUGCAGUGGAGUUAUACUGGGAUCAGCCGUCCCAGCCUAACGGACACAUCUCUCAGUACAGGCUGAACAGAGACGGCCGCACUAUUUUUACCGGACACCACCGUGACCAGAAUUAUACCGACACUGGACUCCUGCCAAACCAGAGGUAUGUGUAUGAGCUGGAUGCCACUACUGGGGGUGGAACCACUGUGAGUGACAAAUAUGUUAUACAGACUCCAGUCUCGUGCCCCGCUGGGAUACCACCUCCUCACAAUGUGACAGUGUCAGGCCCCCACUCCAUCUCUCUUGCCUGGGCCCCUCCUGCUCAACUCAACAGCAGCCAGCUUGUAAAAUACAACAUCCUGAUAAAUCCAGGAAGUGUCAGAGCCAUGACGCGUAGUGCUGGGCGAGAGCUGCAGCUCAGUGUGACUGGUCUUGAGCCAUUCACCGCCUACUACAUCAGAGUGCAGGCCUGUCAGACUGAGGGGUGUGGGGUGGGAGAAGGUGUUUCCGUUCAGACUUUAGAAGCAGCCCCAGAAGGUCUGCAGCCCCCCUCAGUAGAGGCAGCUGGAGCCAGUGUCCUGGAGGUCCACUGGUCACCACCCAAAAAACCUAAUGGACUCAUCACCUCCUACCAUAUACACAGGCGUCCAGUAGGAACUGAGGAGGAGCUGCUGGUGUUCAUCUGGUCCAGUGGGCCACUUGAAUUUUUUGAUGCAAGCCCCAGCCUGCGACCCUUCAGCUACUUCCAGUACAGGGUUCGAGCCCACAACUCCAAAGGCUCGAUUCUGAGCCAGUGGGCUUCAGCCCAGACCUUACAGGCAGAACCACAAGAUAUGGCCCCUCCCACUGCCACGCCCACCGGUGCAUACUCAGUCCACCUGAAGUGGAUUGAACCCAGACAGCCCAACGGCUUAAUUACUUAUUAUAGACUGGUUUACAAGAAGCAGCAACAGGACCCAACGCUCAGCUCGACGACUACCACUGCUCUCACUGUGGAGGGUUCAGUCCUAGAAGCAACAGUCUAUGGUUUUGAACCAUACAGUCAGUACAGUCUACAAGUAGAAGCUGUUAAUGGGGCAGGCAGUGUGUCCAGUCCAUGGGUAGACAUCAGGACCAUGGAGGCGUCUCCAGCUGGCCUGACUAACUUCACAGUGCAGCAGAGAGAGCAGGGCAGGGCGUUGCUGCUGAGCUGGGAUCAGCCACGGGCUCCAAACUGAGUCAUCACGAUGUACAACUUGUACAGUGAGGGGAACCUGGAGUUCAGUGGGCUAUCACGCAGUUUCCUCUUUCGCCGUUUGGAGCCAUGGACUGUGUAUACUUUGAGUCUUGAAGCUUGUACCUCAGCAGGUUGCACACAAACCCCUCCCCAGCCUAUCACCACAGCAGCAGCUCCACCUGCAUCCCAGCCUCCUCCCAGGCCUCUCUUCAUUGGCCCAGACUAUGUGUCACUUACCUGGGGCCCUCCCACCCGACCCAACGGACCAAUUGAAGAGUAUUUCUUACUUGGGAGAACUCUGGAGGAAGCGGGGACGGAAAGAAGUGAUGAAGGGGAUAUUGAAAGGGGAAAGGUGCUUUUCAGAGAGUCAUCCCCACAACAAGCUGACACCUUCUCCUUUACAGUGACUGGUCUGCAUCCCUGGACUCAAUACGAGUUCAGUGUCCGUAGUCACAACCCUGCCGGACACACCCGCAGCCCCUGGGUAACUGUGACAACCAGGCAGGCCCCUCCUCGUGGUCUCGCCCCUCCAACAGUGAGUCACAUCCAAGGCAAGCCCAGUGAGGUGCUGGUGUCCUGGAAUCCUCCUCUGGAGCCCAAUGGGGUUCUUCAGUCUUAUAGGAUUCAGAGGAACAAUGUCAGUUUCUCUUUUAGUUUUGAUCCUACUGUCCUCAGUUAUACCGAUGAAGACCUCCUGCCAUUCUCAACAUAUAGCUACUCAGUCAUAGCCUGUACAUCUGAGGGAUGUAUCACCAGCCCUCAUACAAACAUCACAACUCUUGAGGCCCCGCCUGCUACAGUAGAAGCUCCAACAGUGGGCAGCAUCACAUCUGAUAGUAUAAAUGUAUCCUGGAGUAAACCACUGACACAGAACGGAGAGGUUAGGGAAUAUGUGUUGAAACUGAACAAUGAAGAGGUUUACUGUGGCAGAGACAGACAUAGAGUGCUGUCAGAUCUGCAGCCUCACACGUCAUAUCUGCUGGUUCUGUUGGCUUGUACUAGCGGUGGGUGCACUGCCAGCACAGCAACAUCCACUGCCACUGAUGAGGCUCCUCCCUUUGGCCUUCCUGCCCCGACUCUUAAGGUCACUGGCCCAGAGUCAGUGGAGAUUACCUGGAGGCCACCAGAGCAUCCUAAUGGCAUUAUCACAGGAUAUGAACUCCGCAGAGAUGGUGAAGUUAUCUAUGUGGGCACAGAGACCCACUACCAUGACUUUACACUCCUGCCAAGUGUAAAAUACCACUAUGUUGUCACAGCCAACAACAGCAAAGGGACAGUGAACAGCGCCACAGCCACAACAAAGACUCACCCAUCAGCUCCUUCUGGUGUCGGUCUCCCCAUGCUGACACCUCUGGGACCACGGCAGGUGAGAGUAGAGUGGAGUGCUCCGGCCCGUCCUAAUGGAGACAUUGUGUGUUACACUGUGUAUCAGAGAGAUCCAGUCCAACUUAACAUCACCAGCACUCUGUUCACUCCGGACACUAGUGCUUUCUCUGAACGACAAACCACUCUGCAUGGCCUGGCUCCUUACCACAGGUAUGAGAUGAGGGUGGAGGCUUGCACAGCACUGGGUUGCUCCUCUAGUGACUGGUCAUCGGUGCUUACUUUAGAGGCUCCCCCUGCUGGACAGACAGCGCCACUAUUAGACCUGCAGCCUGACGAACGCACAGGCCUAGAGACCUCUUUUCUGCUCACCUGGUCUCCUCCAGCUCAGCCAAAUGGUAGAAUCCUACAUUAUGAGCUGUACCGCAGACUGGAGCAUACCACUCCUACCCUCAGAAGCCAUGCAGCAGCACCUGUCUACAGGAAUGACUCCACUACAUACAGAGAUGAAGGCCUCCACCCAUACACUCUUUACCAGUACCAGGUGUGGGCAGUGAAUUCGGCCGGCCGUUCUGGCAGUGCGUGGGCAAAUGGGAGAACAGGACCUGCCCCACCUGAGGGUGUGGGCCCACCUGUUUUUCUACGCAUUUCGGCAACCUCAGCAGUAGUGGCCGUCCAUCCGCCAGCCCAACCCAACGGUAUCGUUAGCCUUUACAGACUCUUCUCUCUGAACCACAACAACUACACACUGCUCUCAGAGGGCACAUCCCAUCAGCAGACACUCCAUGGUUUACAGCCUUACACCCAGUACUGGGUAGGCAUAGAGGCCUGCACCUGUUAUCAGUGCUGCAGCCAGGGUCCGCUGAGUGAGCUCCACACCCUGGCUGCCCCCCCAACCCAACAGCCUCCACCACCUCCUGUCUCGCUGACCUGCCGCUCUGUUCAGCUGGACUGGGACGAGCCUCUGGCACCUAAUGGAGUCAUUGAGAGUUGUGAGCUACAUCUCAGAUCAUCUUGUCCACAGCCCCCCCAGCCAGUUCCCCUCCCUUGCACUGAAGGACCAAUAGAAAUCUGUUUCUCUGGCAAAAGGCGGAGCCACAACGUGACAGGUCUCCAACCGUAUUCCACCUAUGAGCUGAGAGCUGUCUGCUUCAACAACAUGGGCAGCACUGCCUCCAACUGGACUGCUGUGACCACACUCAGCGAAGCCCCCCAGUAUGUGUCCCCUUUCUCACUGGGCAGUAAUCUGACAGUUAUCUGGCUGGACUGGGCGGGGUCCUUCUCCCUCAACGGGUACCUGAAGGAGUUUAGUGUGACUGAGAGCCAGCUGAGGAUCUAUACUGGCUUCUACAGCUAUCUCCAUAUACCACGCACCUCGCAGAAAACUCUGUCAUUUCAGGUGACAUGUACGACAGACAGUGGCAGUGCAACUACUCCCACCAUCAGAUACAGCCCUGCCACAGGCCUUGGUCCUUCUGAGCCUGAAGACAGUGGUGAACAGGGCGUCAGCAUGUCAGCAACUCCAGUUUACUCUGAGCUGUGGUUCAUCCUGCUGUUUGCACUGCUUGGCCUGUUUCUACUAGCCAUACUGUUGGGCCUGGUGCUCCAAAGAGCACUGAGGAAGAAUCUAUCAGCCAGAGAGCGCCCUCCGCUGGUCAUGCUUCAGAAGAGCAGGAAGGCUGGGAGAGAUGCAUACAUGACACCCUGUCCUGAGUUGUGCUCUAAACAUCCCUCCAGCUCUGUGCUCCUCUCUGAUCGCCCCACAGGUCUGGCAGACACAAAGAUACUCAGCAGCAGCUCAAGGUUCAUCCCCACAUCUGUGCCGCGGGUUCCCAGCCAAAUAGACCUCAGUCAGGCCUACUCCCAGCAUUCCUUGCACCGCAGUGUCAGUCAGCUGAUUGACAGGAAGUCACUGAUGAAGGAAGAAGGAAGCUGGGACAACCCACUGGGGCAUGAUUCUGGAUUGUGUGUGGAGGAAGAGGAGUUUGUGGAUGCCAUGAAGGCCCUAGGUUCUGCAAGAAAGGAGCACACUAUGUUCACUGACACUCAUCUCUAAGAUCUAAACUCUUAAAAGAAAACCAGACCCAACGACCUGAGGGUUGUUUUACUGCAGCAUUCGUCUUCAGCUACACAGAAACAGCUGUUGUCUUAUUUGAUUCCACUGUGUGUGACCCCUCGGACCCAACAGCUUUAAGCAGAGGCAGGAAUCCGUGAGUUCAAAAUAAAAUCAGUCCGUCACAUCUGAAACCAUGUUCGGAUUAGAACCAGUACUUAAAUGAUCCACAGCUCACUGAAUGUUCUACAUAUGAUUCAUUGUCUUGCCAGCUGUUAGUAGUUUAGUUACUUGCUAUAGCAGGUUUAAAGCUCACCAUGAAGAAUCAAACUCUGUCUAGAAAUCAGUUAAUGUCAACAGUUUCAGCUUCACUGUCUUAACAGCAGCAACAGAUGUGUAUUUGCAGCAAGUCAAAUAACCUUGAUGUUAGCUUAAUGACCAACAUGCCAACUGUUCUUUUAUGUGUGAAAUGUGGCUGAGAAUCAUGGAUGUGUUGUCUCGUUGUUGUGAUUAUGUGAUGUAACUUGGAAGCCCAAUCAGUUGUGCACAUUUAGUUUACAUUUCAGAUUAGAAGGAACUGGAGAUAAGGAAAUGUAGAACUGUAGUGAAGCUAAAAGUCUGUGGUUAGCUGUGGGUGGAAUCCAGAGUCAGUGUCUGUAGCCUAGAGUC